AUGGCUAGACCUUUACUUAAGUUCCUAUUAAUUACAACUUUAAUUGUAUCAGUCCAGGCAGAUGUAGGUAUCAUAUUCAACGAAUUACAAGUCCAUAAAGAUUUGGAAGUCCUCCUCAUAGAUAUUUUAAACGGCUUGAUCAGAAACGAUGCGGUUACUUGUCUAACGAUAGUUUGCGAUGAUGUGUAUUUAAAUGUUUUUGAAGGAGCCCUAUUCAAACGGACUUUAAAUGUGCCGUAUAAUAUGAUUGUAGUGGAGGAUUAUGAAGAUUUGUUGUCACCGAAUUUCAGUACUUUAGAAUCUUUGAUGCAGGCGAGGACUGAUGGGUGCAACGUUUAUGUUAUUUUAAUGGCUAAUGGUUUACAGUUGACUAGGCUUCUGAGAUUUGGAGACAGCACCAAAAACAAAGCUUGGUUCGACCUUUCAACGGUUCCGUUUCCGAACCCUAUAAAAGGAAUUUUCAUAUCGCGACGUGUAGACAUAUGGAAGAACGGGAAACUACACUAUGGCAGAGACCUAUUUGCGGAUAAAACUAGAAAUUUGUAUGGUGAAAUUCUAAAUGUGGUAUAUUAUGAUCAUUUACCAUCUGUUGUUAUUAUGAAAUCGAAUAACACCAAAGUUGGGGGCGUUGAGAUUGAAAUUUUGAAUACUUUAGCACAGAAAAUGAAAUUUGAGCCAAAAUUAUAUCAAUCGCCUAAUCCUGAUUUACAUAAAUGGGGUGGAAAACUAAGUAACGGUUCUUUUUCCGGUCUCCUUGGUGAGAUGGUCAUACAAGUUCAACCAAAUGUGAUCUACAUAUGUGGUGGUGAUCUACGUAACGAUAACGACGCAAAUUGCACGUAUGAGGGGGAAAACAGUCUGCUCUUACAGCAAACUAGUAACUGGCUGUUGAGUAUUUGGCCUCGAAGACACGAGAUCACAGCUAAAGACUCGCCGCUUGGGUCUUUAGAGUUUUUGGAGAAUUGUGAUGAGAAAUUGAAGAAGACUUGUGCUUGGAAGAGUAUGGAGGAUAUGAUCGAUCCAUAUAAUCUAACCCAAAUGUACAAAUGGCUGACUGCAUUUGUCCUAAAGAUGACGUAUGAAAAAGUGAACAAAUUGAAACAAGAAGGCAAAAACAACUGGGAAGCCAAGAACGACUCGCAGUCAUACAACGCUGUGACGCUAUCUGUGGUCUAUGGAGAGAAUCACAUUUUGAACCAUUUCUACAAGACUGCGAAGAGUUUCGAAGACGUUGCCUGCAGAAAGGUUUUGCUGAAGCUCGUCUCUUUGUUCAGUGCUUUUCUACUCGAGAAACAUAUGGCAACAUUAUAUAUUGGCGGCUACUUCACCCUCGACCAAGGGUUGGUCCUUCGCGAGGGAGUCCUGCGGCUGUGCGCGGAGCUCGUGCCCGACGCGGUGUCGCUGGCGGACACGCUCGCGCCGCCCGACUUCUGCCUCCACUCCGUGCUGGGCAACGCUGAUGGAGAGGUAUACAAGCACAUACAGAAGCGUGUCAUGACAUACCCCGGCGCGCUGGAGCGCCCGCACUGGUGGCGGGACGUCGUGUUCUGGCAAUCCUACAUACCUUCCAAAUUG